AUGGAGUUCCUGCUGGGCGGUGCGUCCUCUAUGUGUGCCGUGCUGUUUACGAACCCGUUCGAUGUACUGAAAACACGCCAGCAGCUCGAGGGCGAGCUGAUAGCGAAGCAGAAUCUCAAGGAACGGUCUUACAAGGGCAUCCGCCAGUCCUUGAUCACAGUGGUCCGCACCGAUGGACUGCGAGGACUCCAGAAGGGACUUCCGGCUGCAUUGAUGUACCAGUUUUCGAUGAACGGCGUCCGGUUGGGAACGUACCAGACGGCCGAGAAUCUCGGAUGGACGAAAAGCCAAUCGCAUCCAUCGAUGACACCACUUCUGUCGCUAUUUUGGGGAGGUUGUGCAGGGUUGGCGAGUGCAACGGCUUCCUGUCCCUUCUACGUGGUGAAGACACAGCUCCAAGCCGUCACAGCAGGUUCAUACACGGCUCGGUAUCAGCACCAUCACACUGGGACCUUGUCGGCAUUCAGGAACAUCUAUCAGCAGAGUGGAGUUCGCGGAUUGUUCCGCGGAUAUACGGCAACACUGGCGCGACUUAUCGUCGGUUCGUCCGCCCAGAUGUCCUCAUUUAGUGCCUGCAAGGAGUUCUUCCUACGCUACGAAGUCUUCCAAGAUUCGAUCGUGCUAACGGCGCUAGCAAGCAGUACGGUGGCAGGAUUCCUUACCAGCAUCCUAAUGUCUCCGUGUGAUGUCGUCACGACACGAAUGACCAACCAAGCCGUAUCCGCCACUGGCAAGGGUUUGCUGUACAGCAACAUCUUCGAUUGCUUUGUGAAGAUCUACCGAUCCGAAGGAAUCCACGGUUACUACAAGGGCUUUGUUCCGAUGUACCUGCGUGUCGCCCCACACACCAUGUUAAACCUCACCUUCUGGGAGUUCUUCAAGGGCCUCCACGAACGCUACGUUAAGCAGUCACCUUAA